AAAACAAAUUAGGUCUAUAAUUCAUCAUAAUUACGAAAUUGAUAAAGUAAUUAUCAAAUCGUUUUCAGCAAAUUAAGCACAUGACCGUAAAUGGAACUAGCUUUCGACCAGGUUUAGUUACUAAAUUUAAAACAGGUGUUGAAUAUAAUUAUGGUGUUGUGAACGGUAUCAUUGAAAGUAAUAACGAAUUCACAUUCAUAUUGCAAGAACUAAUGGUUCUCGAUUUUAGUGAUUCUCUAAACAGUUUUAGAGUUUGUCUAAGUGAAGUAAUUGUUAAAGUUCCUUUAGCAGAAAUUUUCACUAGAAAGUCUUAUAGUUUAUGGAGACUUCACGAUACUACUACAGAUUCUCUUUAUAUUAGUUUAAAGUAUGUCGAUGUAGUAUUAUUGAUUUUUUUUCAACAUUUUGCUCAAAAAUUCCAAACAAUUCACUCUUUAAAUCUCUUGAUUUAUUAUCACUUCGCUAUUAAAUACAGGCAGUUUUUUUCUGGAAAAAUGGAGGGAAAGGGCCUAAUCAUGAGCACACUGGUAUGAUCCAGACACAUUUACGUAAUGCAGCAAAGAAUCUCCCCCAAAGCGACCGGAAAUUUACACACAAGAUUAAAAAACCAAAUAUUACAAGUAUUUCAUCGAUUAUUUUGGAGCAAGCAAAAGAAUGUUCUCAGCUUGAAAGGAAUGCGGCCAAUUUCAACAAAAUAUCAAAAUAUAUGGCCGAUACUCAUGAACUGCAUGUAUUGCUCUUAUAUAACAAAAAAAUCCGUGCGGGAUAUACUAAAUGUAUUUCCUCACCUAAUGUCGUUCGAGGGUUUGCAAAUUGAAAAGGCAUUCGAAAAGCUCAAUCCUGGAUAUAACACCAAUUCUGAUUUACGACAAAUAUUCGCAAGAGGACUUUUGAUAGAAGACGACAAGCACAUGAAUGUUCAUGAUGAUUGUGUGCGAGGUUGUCUACGGAUCAUGGCUGCAUUGACAAGACGUGGCAUAAAACAGAAAUCAGCGCUGCAACAUAAAAAUGUGGAAGAUGAACUUGCCGCGCCAUUGAUCAUAUGGAUUGAGGAUACGAACGAGUCGUUGGGGAAUCUUUUGGCUAAAUACAUUGCAAUAAAUAUCGAGUCCGGUUCAUUUCCACCACCACAUGUUGUGUGUAAAACUGGAAAUUAUUACCUAUUCAUGGAAGGUGAACUCAUUGCAUGCGGAGAAGACUCUGUGCAGGCCAUUGACUGCCUUUUCAAAAGUUUCGCAGUAUUUGGGAUAGGUGUGCCGACAGCCCUGAAGAAGGUCCACGAAUUCGUUGAAAUAAUUGGUUAUAAGUUAAAAUUUUACAGCGCUAGACUUUCUGUUCGUCGUCUCACUGCAUCGUUUACGGAGUCAUUCAAAGUUGAGAAUAUAAUGUAAAUAUAAGCAGAGUUACAAAUAAUCGAAGCUCUAUUUUGACGGCUGAAAAUGAACCUGAUGCGACUCGCGGUGAAUAGAAAAAAUAUUCAUUCAAAUAUCCAUGUUAAUCAUUCAGUUGAAUAUCGUACAAUAUAUUCAUUUCACUAAUUAUCAAGGAAAAUGUUUUCAAAUGCCGGUAAAGCAUAUGAAACAACAAUCAUCAUCGCUUACAUUGUACCAGGGCCUACUUUGAUGCGUUUGAUUCGUUGCUGCACGGUCGCUUCAUGUAAUAAUCGGAGACGAAUGAAAAUCUGCAUGGAUGAAUGAGCGGUUUGUUCGUUUGACGUUUUCAGCUGCAUCACUGAAUAUUGAAAAUGAAUGUGGCUGAAUAUGAUCAAUUUUCAUUCAAUGAAUUUGAAUAUUUUUAACUCUGAAUAUAAGUAAAUAAAAUUAAACUUGUGCGUUUUUCUCGUAUUUUGAUUGUUUACCGUAAGGUAAAUUAUUAUGUAAUGUAACAUUCUUUUUAAUGAAAUAGCAGAACCAGAAACCCGUUUUCAGUGUUUUAAAUAAUGGGUAUUGUCAACCCAUUUUUCUGGAAAUAUUCUGUGAUCGAAAGUGAGUAAAAAAUACUCAGGUCGACGUACAGGGCAUGUCCCCAUUAAUGGGUAUAUGUACUUUACCCAUUAAACGGGUUAUUCCACUUUUAUUGGAAAUGAGUAUAUUUUCACCCAAAGGGGAAACUUAAUGGAAUUGCGCGCGGGGCUUUGCCGAUUUUUUAAAAAUCGUCGGUAAAAAAUUUCGAAAAAAGGAAAACAUACAAAACUCGAGCAUCGUCUAAGCUACAUUUUAGUAUUUUUUAUGUUGCAAAAUUUGGUGUUUUGUUAGAAUGGUGUACCGGCAAAGCUUUGAUUUUCAAAUUUCUCUUCUAUUUCCUAUGCAAGUACUACUUUUUAUUUACAUACAUUUGUUGAGAAUUUUAUAAGGAACAUUUCCACCGCUUACAUCACAUAGAAUCGAAACACCGUUUCGGAGAUAUGUACAUUUUGCCGUACAUCAAAUCAUAUUUAGAAAAAUCAUACUUGCGCCGCUGCGGAUUAAAAAUUUUACACUGUUGCCGUCAUUUUACCCAUGCUUGGUUGGUGUGCAAACGAAAUGAAA